GCCCGCCGCAAGAUGUCUCUGGCCAUGAGCCUGGUUGGAGACCCAGCGCUGGUCAUCCUAGACGAGUGCACAUCCGGCGUGGACCCCAUAUCCCGUGGCCGCCUGUUCCGCGCAAUCACGCGCAUCCAGCGGUCCAGCGGCAUGGCCGUGCUCUUCACAUCACACUGCAUGCGCGAGUGCGACCAGCUGUGCACCCGCGUCGGCAUCCUGUCGGGCGGCGACUUCACGCGCGUGGGCGACACGGUGGCCCUGAAGCAGUCGGCCACCCAGGGCUGCACCAUCAUCGUCAAGCUGACCGUCGCCCAGAGCACGCAGGAAGGCUCCAUCAAGGAGAUCAACCGGGGCAUCAAGCGGGAGUUCCCAAACUCGGUCAUCGCCGAGAAGCGAGAGGACCAGAUGCGCUACCGGCUCAAGCCCAACGUGGACUACCCGCUCAUCUGGAGCGAGGUGGUCUUCAAGUUACACAUGCUCCAGGAAGAGAUCAAGUUCGAGGACUUCCUCGUCAACGACACCUCGCUCGGGGAAGUGUUCAUCGGCUUCGCGCGCGAGCGAAAGAUGGUGGACUUCGGCGACAACCAGAUUCGCUACUACGAAAAGGACGCGCCGCCGGGAGUCGCCACCAUACCGGCCACGGCCUAGCGCGCACGCUAAUUAAACGCCAACCC